AAUCAUACAUGUGUGUGCGCGUAGGACAGAGAGAAGUGGCUACCUACUGUGGCCGCAAGUAGUCUUUUCUCUACAUCCCCAUAAACAACCUUAUAAUUACGACGACGAAGAAGAAGAAGAAGAAGAAGAAGAAGAAGAGGAGAAUAUUUCCUUUAAACGUUUCAAUUCUGCGUUUACUCGCCUUGACCAGUUAAACAAACAUCCCCUUCCCCUAAUAUUCCAUACCCAACAGGAAUUGUACGGACAAACUAGUGCAACACAGCCCACUACUACUCCACUAAGAAGAAGAUCGAGCACAGCUAGUUAUUUUAAGAAAAACAUCGACUAAUUAAUGGAAGGAGGUCAUCACAGAGGGGUUUCAAAUUACGAUCUUCAUCAGCAGGUUUCGUUUUCCAGCAGUACCCCUCCCGCAGAACAAGCGAUCCACCACGAAUUGGGGUUCGUGCAGUUUGAAAAUCAUCAUCAUCAUAGUCAAGUUUUGAGCUUCUUGGCACCGUCUCCCGCACAACAGUCACAGCCACCGCCGCAGCAGCCUUCUUCUCACCAUCAUCAGACAGCUGCCGUGAACAGUAGCAUCACUGUCACCACCACCGCUGCGACAAACACCAACAUGGGGUUUAGUCACAGUCAUGAUCUUGUUACAAGACCUUCUUGGAAUAACAACGACCAGGUGGGAACGCUAGAUCCGAAGGGUGUCAGUGAUGAAAACGGAACCGGUAAUGGUAGCGAUUGCAGCAAUUCAUGGUGGAGGAGCUCAAACUCAGAGAAAAGCAAGAUGAAGGUGAGGAGAAAGCUCAGAGAGCCAAGAUUCUGUUUCCAAACCAGGAGUGAUGUGGAUGUGCUUGAUGAUGGUUACAAGUGGAGGAAAUAUGGCCAGAAAGUUGUCAAGAACAGCCUUCAUCCUAGAAGUUACUACCGGUGUACUCACAGUAACUGUCGGGUGAAGAAGAGGGUUGAACGACUGUCUGAAGAUUGUCGUAUGGUGAUAACAACCUAUGAAGGUAGACACAACCAUAUCCCUUCAGAUGACUCUAAUUCAUCUGAGCAUGAAUGCUUUACCUCUUUCUAACUCUUCUAUAUAUAUAUUUAUGUUGAUAUUUAUAUAGCUACAGAUGAUGUACUCAUUAUAAUUAUUUUCUUAGCUGUUCUAUAUAUACACAUACUAUAGUGCUAA